AACGAAAGAGAGUAAAGAAGCUCCAUGUCUGACGUGUUUUUACCGGACGUGGUGGAAAGAACUGUUGCUUCUGCCGCGGCGAUGGCGGUGGAGAGAGCCAUGUCCGGCGAGCUGCAAGCUCUGAAACAGGAGCUCCAACAAAAAGGAAGCAACAACAGGCCGCAGGACGAGGAGCUGAUCAGUGCCAUGAGGGAGCAGGUGCUGCGUCUCACCCAGAAGGAGCAGGUGCUGGAGGAACGAAUAGAGAGUGUGUGUCAAGAAAACGCAGAUCUGAGGGCGAGUUUAGCCUCUUUACAAACACGCCUGGCUCUGCACGACCAACUCAAACAGCAGCACAGCCAGCAGCUCUCCGAGGCGUGGCAGGAGGUGGAGGCGGCACAGGGCCGCUCAGAACAGCUGCAGGCCCAGGUGGAGGAGCUGCAGGAGCAGGUGUCCCUGCAGGAAGGCAGGAGCCACGGAGAAACCUCCCUGCUGUCCGAGCUGGAGAGCAGCCUGGAGACGGCCGCGCUGGGAGUCAGCAGAGAAGAGAUAACGCAAGAAAUGGGGUCCAUCCUUCAGUUACUGCUCCCACUGACCCAGCACCUGAACAGCUCGGGGGGGUCAGAGGUCGUGGGUCAGCAGGAGGAUCUGAAGGCCAUGCUGCUCCAGCUGAAGGGAGCGGCCCAAACCCUCGCACAGGCAUCCAGCACACAGGAGCUGAAUCAAGCUUUUGUCGUGGGGACGGGCGAUCAGUGUGGGAAUCCGAGCGCAGCGGAGGAGCUGAGAGAUCAGAACGUCCAGGUCCAGCAGGAAAACUCUGAGCUGAGGCAGAGGCUGCAGAGCGGGCAGGAGCAGACUGAAUUUGUCCAUCAGGCCAUCAAAGACCGAGAUGAAGCCAUAGCCAGGAAAAACCUGAUGGAGGCAGAGUUGGUCAGAAGUAAAAAUGACAUGAUGUCUCUGAACAACCAGUUAUUAGAGGCCAUCCAACGUAAACUGGAGCUGUCGCAGGAGCUGGAGGCCUGGCAGGACGACAUCCAGAUCAUCAUCAACCAGCAGCUUAAGUCCCAGCACCAGUUGGAGCUUCCUCAGAAGAAGUCCACCUCCAACGGCAUGGCCUUCUUCCGCAGGCCCAGCAGGACAACCAACGCCUGGAGUUCAGACGCUAAUCAGGGCAAAACACAAACCCCCUGGAGAGACUGGUUAAGACGAGGAAAAGGGGCAAAUAAUGGACAGUGAGCAACACUUACUCCCUGAAGACAAAGGAGAGGACGCACAAGGAGGACAGGACAGAGGGAGGUGUAGCUUCAAGUUCAUCUUGUGUGGUGAAAAGAAGCCAUAAAGACACUUUGAAUUUAGUGAUGAACAGCAGAGCCACAUCGGACAAAGACUUGCCAGAUAGGCACUUAUUUACACAUUUCAAUGAGAGGCUGAGCCUUCGUAUCAAUCUAAACUGUGACAACCUGGCACACUAAUAUGUUUCUUUCCCUUAUGAAUUACAUUAGGAGGUUUGCCUGGACUGUAAAUAUUGUGCCUUUUUUGUAUUAUUGUAAUGAUCCCUAUGUCUGAGACUUUAUAUGGUAUACAUGCAAAGUGUAGAUCACUGAAAGUAUUUGUUCAGAUUAUUUAAUGUCACUGAUCAAAGAGAGAAAAAAGUCAGGAAAUAAAAACGAACAAACAAUGAAUUUACAAUGGUGCUGACAUAGCAAGUUUCAUGUGAGAAGUUCCUUUUUUACUGUCAGAUGUGCUCUAAAGCUCAAUAUGUCAAACACUUUAAUUAUAUAGUAAACACUGUAUGUUUUCAUGUACACUGAGUUAGCUGUUGUUUUUUUAUAAUUGUUUCUGUUCUAUGAAUGAUUACUUUUUGUGGUGUGAUUCUGUGUGCUGCAAACACAAGUAUGAUGAUUCUGUUUUUCAGUGUUUAAUAUUAAAGCUGCUCAGUACAGGCUGGGUUGUUUCAUACAUGUAAACCGUCUUGACUCGCCACAUCUGGAAUAAUGGCCGGAUUACUACAUAAAACAUAAAAUAAUAUUUUCCGGGUUUCUGUUUUUUUUCAGUUUUUUGUUCAAAAUGUUAAUAUGAUAAACUAAAGAGGGGAGAAAGAAGGUUUUAGUAUUAUUACUACUACUAUUAUUAGUGUUUAAAGUGUUCAACCACGAACAAGAAACAUACAGUACAUAGGUCAUGAUGCUACUUGUCUAUGAAGCUACAAUCAUUCACUGAAGGUUGAUUAUUUGUAGUGAAGUAGUUGUUUAUCAGUCUUCCAGCCCUGCCCUACUCUG